AUGACCCAACGUAGCGGCUCUGGUGGCAAAGACCUCGCUACUGAUUCCACCCACCUGCGACCACCUCUACCUCCUCGCCCAAGCAAUUUGAGCUUUUUUCAAGAGAGCAAUAGGUCAACAACAAGUGCUCGACCUCCUACAAGAGCUGGGCUAGUCUCUACUGCAACAACAGCACUAUCUACAAACGACGUGAACGCCUUUGCACGCACGACCAAUUUUGGCAGCCUCCGAUCCAUAUCACAGCAGAUUGCUGCAAGCCCUUCGGUCAGCAGAGGAGCUAGCAGAGCACCGAGCGAGGCUGCGGACGAUAGUUCCAUCAGAAGCUAUGGGUUGAGAUCCGAUGCUGGCCCAGAGGAAAGCAUAUUCGGCGAUGGACUGGGCAGCAAGAAAGGCGACAACUAUGGCUCCAGUAGCGGUCUGCUCACGAACAGCGCCGCCUUCGAUGAGUCAACCAUAAUGCCACAAAUUCAGCUUACACAAGAAUUUGAACCACUUCCGGAUUAUGAGAAUGACGAAGAGGCCAUACACGAAGCCUGGAAGGCGAAGAAGAAGCAUUUCCUGAUCCUUUCUGCUGCGGGAAAACCCAUAUACACCCGUCAUGGCUCAGAUGCUGUUAUCUCCAGCUACGUCGGUAUCAUUCAGACUAUCAUUUCAACCUAUUCGUCCUGGGACAGUCAAUUGCGCAGCUUUCAAGCGAAAGAUACACGAUUCGUCGUUCUGUCGCAAACAAACCUCUUCCUCGUUGCUAUCAGUAGUUUACCAGAAUCCGAAGCCCAACUGCGAGCUCAAUUGGAUGCACUAUACACACAAAUUCUAUCCACCUUGACUCUCCCAACGCUAACGCAUAUCUUCUCUGUCCGACCCUCGUCAGACUUGCGACGGCCCUUGCAAGGUACCGAAGUCCUACUGUCUGCACUGGCGGACAGCUUUACCAGAGGUUCCCCUUCGACGUUACUCGGGGCGCUUGAAAGCUUGAGGAUACGCAAAGCUCAUCGACAGGUCAUCAACAGCACAAUGGUCAAAGCUCGGGUGGACAGUCUACUUUAUGGUCUUGUUGUCGCUGGUGGGCGGCUGGUAAGUGUCAUCCGACCGAAGAAGCACUCUUUGCAUCCUGGUGAUCUACAUCUAAUCUUCAACAUGCUCUUCGAGGCUGAAGGUAUCAAAGCGGGUGGUGGCGAGUCCUUCAUUCCGAUCUGUUUACCUGGUUUCAACAAGACUGGCUACCUCUACAUGUACGUGAGCUUUCUGGACGUUACAGCUGAAGAAGUUCGUGAGCUAGACAUCGAUGAGAAGAUUGCCAAGGAAGAUGCCGUCGCUAUCAUUCUGCUCAGUGCCAACAAAGAGAGUUUCGAAGACUUGCAAAGCAUGAAAUCGUACCUAGUGCACGAAUUACGCAAGAACGGCAGUCUGAAGGUCAUCCGCCACGCUGUUCAAACUGGUCGACUGCUUCCUACUGACAUUGUGCCUGGUACAGCACUUCUGCAUUUCCUGUACAAAUCAAAAGGCAAUGUGCAAUUCUUCAUGCCAGCCUUCGCCGACAAGAUCAGUGACAUGCACUCUCGACGACAACUGUUCUCCAUAUAUCAUACGUUGCACGCCUCGGUGCACGCGAAGUUUGCAGCAGUCAAGGUUCAGCAUGUAGUCAGCUCGUCAUGCUCGGCUCUUGCAUGGGUAACCCCCAUGUUUGAACUGUAUUGUAUCGCUAGCCCAGGCACUCCACGGAACGCUCUUGCUCAGAACGCAAACAAGGUAGUGCAGUACAUACAAAGAGAAGAAGAGCGAAUAUUUUUGAUUGGAGGCGCAGUAUUCUAG